UCCUCUUUUCUCACAGAGGAUGGAGCUGACGGAGUGUAAACGGGACAGACAGUGGACAAAGAGCUCCUGUGCUGCUCUCAGGCCCCGUGUGCUGUGCUGGAACUCUCCACUUCAGACAUCAUGAAGCUCUGGCUCUUCUUCACACUGGCACUGCUCUGGCUGGAGCUCCAAAAUGGUGUGUGUCAGCAGGUCAAGCGUAAGAAAGAGGAUGGUGAGAACCGCAUUAGACCAGGAAGAAAGAGGGUGAAGGUUCGCUACCCCAAAGUAAAAGAAAAGGAGGCAGGAAGCAAGAGCCAGUCCAUUCUCACCCAGGUCCUUGAUAAAGGCCGUUUUCUCAGACUGGGCGAGAGCCUUUCCUUGAGUCCUGGCAAAACAAUGGAACUGAGAUGCAAAGGGACUAAUAUUGGCUGGGCAUAUCCCUCUUAUCUGGACACCUUCAAUGACAACCGCCUCAGCAUCAAGCAGCAUGAGCGGUACAGUCAGCUGAUUCUGUCGUCUCCCUCAGCUGCUGACACCGGGGAGUACAGCUGCUGGGUGGUGCUCUGUGACGGACAAGAAUGUACAAAAGAUGGAGAAAGCACAUCUGCUACAUACAUAUACUUUACAGACAAAGAAGAGCUGUUUGUCCCCUCUGCCAUCUAUUUUGAGAUCAUCUACCUGCACCCUGACAAGCCUGCCACUGUCCCGUGCCGGGUGUCAAACCCCAAAAUCAACGUCUCGCUGCAUAGGGAAGUUCCUGCAGAAGAAAUUGCUGUGGAUGGGACCCAGAUCUCUUACAAUCCCAUGAAAGGCUUCAUCAUCCUAAACCCCGCUCCAGAACACAAGGGCGCUUAUUACUGCAAGGCCAACAGCACCACGAAAACCACUUCACAAAUAUCCACGAAAUACCAGCUGCUGUAUGUGGAAGUGCCUAGUGGCCCCCCUUUUGCGACUAUUGAGGCUUCUUCGAACAUAGUGAGUGGUGGAGACAUCUUCAAUGUUACAUGCACAGUUCUGGGGGAACCGGAGAUGAACGUCAGCUUCAGCUGGAGGUAUCCUGGCCAGGGCCAGAGGCCGGUGAGCAUUCAUGACUCCUGGCGACUGAUAAACCGUGGAGUGGGACACACAACACGCAUCUCCCAGAGCGUCAUGACAGUGGAUGAUGUUGAAACCAUUGACUAUGGAAAGUACAUCUGCACCACCAAAAAUAAGCAUGGAGUGACAUUGGUGGCCACAACGGUAAAGUCACACGAAUAAGAACAACAAAGAUGAUAUUAUUGAGCUGAGCUGGACUCCAUUCAAACUUCAGGCUUCAUCCUGCUUAAUGAAAUCAUUAUGAAAAACAUGCAUUCUAUAUAGGACUUGAAAAUAAAGUGCUUCUUUUAAACUGAGACUCAAUGAUGAAGCAAGUUAAUGCAAGGUUCAUGUUCAAUGGUAAAUCAACAGCAUACAGUAAUACAGUUUGUGAUGCACCAUA